GGAGCGCAGCCAGCCAUAUACACUCGUCCAAAUUUGUAUCUUUCUCUAGAAAGAAGAAUAAAAAAAAACCCGAUACUUUAUGUAUAUCCGUUCGCAUGGGGUAAGCUAAGGAAAAAAAAAGAGCUCAGAAGGGUGAACGGGUGUAAAACUUGAUCGAUCAACAAUUACUCCGUAUUAUAUUUCUCUCUUAAACAGCGUUUACGCCGAUUAGAGGUUUUUUCAUAUUGGAUUGCCAGCAUUGGUGACGGUGUUGCGGGUAAAGUAAUGCUUAGUACUCUCAUUUUGACCAUAAUAUUAUAAGUGUGUUUCGUUUAAUGCUUUGUCAGUAUUACAUGAAGAUAGAUGAUGCCAUCAAUUGAUAGUGCGAUUUGAAUCACUAAGCACACAUAAAUUUAAUUUGAUAGAAAAAUUCUCAAACCGUGCAUCGCACGGGUGAGUUUACCAGUAAGGGCUAAUUGAACACUUUCACUUCAAGGGUCGACCUUUUUAGCCUAUACAUUUUUUUUAGUAAAUUGGCAGUCAAUUGGCAUUUUUCAAAAACCCAUAGAGAAUCGCCACUGGAGCGGAACGGUCAUCGUCUUUCCUUUAGCAGAAUCGGCACGGCUGCACUGUCCUAAUACUUCACUGGUAAAAUCUCAGCCACAUCUUUCUUUGUUUCAGUACAGUCCGAUGGUUAGCUUAAAAUGAAAAAGGAGUAUCUGUAUUGUUUUGUCCAGUGAAAGCUCUAGCUAUCAUUAUGCUGACCUCUAUUUGUUUUGUUUUUAUGAAUCAAAUGAGUCAAGUUAUUGCCUCGUAAUAGUAGUUAAUACUGAGUACUACAUAUGGGAGGGAAUAAGCUGAAUAUAACUAAAAAUCUCAAGCACUUUCGGCGUCGUUUUCGUCCAAUUUGGCGGUCUUAAAGACAUACAACAGUAUAAAUGCCGUUUCCAUCUGCGCUUGUGUUACCGUCCGAACCUUUAUUUUGAAGUUUUGAUAGGUUUGAGUGCUUUAACUAUUUCCAGAUCAUGCAUGUGUAUUUCAAUAAUUGUGGUGGAUCCCAUUCAUUGUGCCUUUAUGUAAUUAUUAUUUAUAACAAAAUUGGCCGUCUCUGAAAGUCCUAGAUGAUUUUGUAGGUUCAUGGUGAUGGGGAGCUUGAAUGAUGAGAAACUCAGAUUUUGCAUUGACAGAGGGGGCACGUUCACUGAUGUUUAUGCUGAGAUUCCUGGACAGCCUGAAGGCCGUGUAAUGAAACUACUAUCUGUAGAUCCUUCCAACUAUGAUGAUGCUCCUGUAGAAGGAAUCAGGAGGGUGUUGGAGGAAUUUACUGGGAAGAAGCUUUCCCGCAGCUCAAAAAUCCCUACAGACAAAAUAGAAUGGAUAAGGAUGGGUACAACUGUGGCAACUAAUGCUUUGCUAGAGAGACAAGGGGAGAGGAUUGCACUCUGUGUGACUAGAGGCUUCAAAGAUUUGCUGCAAAUUGGUAACCAGUCGCGUCCAAAUAUUUUUGACCUAACUGUAUCAAAGCCUUCUAAUCUUUACGAGGAGGUUGUAGAGGUUGAUGAGAGGGUAGAGUUAGUCGAUAAUAAAGAUGAAUUAGAUUCAGACUUUUCUGCCUCAAUAUUUCAGGGCGUUUCAGGUGAGCACGUAAGAGUUGUGAAGCCUCUAAAUGAAGGAGCUCUAAAACCUUUGCUCAGAGCUCUGCUCGAAAAAGGUAUCAGUUGCUUAGCUGUUGUUUUGAUGCAUUCUUAUACUUACCCAAAGCAUGAGAUACUAGUUGAAAAGCUUGCUAUGAGUUUGGGCUUUAGACAUGUAUCAUUAUCAUCAGCUCUGACUCCAAUGGUACGCGCUGUACCCCGAGGAUUCACGGCAAGUGUUGAUGCAUACUUGACUCCAGUCAUUAAGGAAUAUUUAUGUGGGUUCAUGUCUAAAUUUGAUGGACUAGAGAAGUUAAAUAUCUUAUUCAUGCAAUCAGAUGGAGGGCUAGCACCUGAGAGCAGAUUUUCUGGCCACAAAGCGAUUUUGUCCGGUCCGGCAGGUGGUGUAGUUGGUUACUCACAGACGCUUUUUGGAAUUGAGACAAGCAAGGCCCUCAUAGGUUUUGACAUGGGCGGUACUUCUACUGAUGUUAGUAGGUAUGCAGGUAGCUAUGAACAAGUCAUUGAAACACAAAUUGCUGGCACGAUCAUUCAGGCACCUCAGCUUGACAUAAACACUGUAGCCGCUGGUGGUGGCUCAAAGUUAAAGUUUCAGUUCGGAUGUUUUCGAGUGGGACCAGAAUCUGUAGGUGCUCACCCAGGACCAGUUUGUUAUCGAAAAGGGGGGCAGCUGUCUGUCACAGAUGCAAAUCUCAUUCUAGGGCUUAUAAUUCCUGAAUACUUCCCUUCUAUUUUUGGUCCAAAUGAAGACCAGCCGCUUGACAUUGAUGCUACAAAAAAAGAGUUCGUGAAACUUGCGAAGGAUAUCAACUCCUAUAGAAAGAUUCAGGACCCCUGUGCAAAGGAUAUGACUGUGGAGGAGAUUGCGCAGGGGUUUGUGAAUGUAGCCAAUGAAACCAUGUGUCGUCCCAUAAGGCAAUUGACUGAGAUGAAAGGCCACGAGACAAGGAACCACGCUCUUGCUUGCUUUGGAGGUGCGGGACCUCAACAUGCCUGUGCCAUCGCUAGAUCAUUGGGUAUGAAUGAAAUCCUAAUUCAUAGGUUCUGUGGAAUUUUGAGUGCUUAUGGGAUGGGAAUGUCAGAUGUGGUUGAAGAGGCCCAAGAACCAUAUUCUGCUGUUUAUGGCCCUGAAUCUGUGCUUGAGGCAUCUCGCAGAGAAGCUGCUUUGCUGAAGCAGGUGAAGGAGAAUCUGCUACAGCAAGGGUUCAGAGAGGAAAACAUCACUACUGAGACAUACUUAAAUUUAAGGUAUGAGGGAACUGACACGGCAAUCAUGGUGAAAAGACCUGCUGGUGAUGAUUAUGCCUGUGAGUUUGUCAAACUAUUCAAAGGAGAAUAUGGAUUUGACCUUGUAAACAGACAUAUACUUGUAUGUGAUGUAAGAGUUCGUGGUAUUGGUGGCACAAAUAUAUUGAGGCCACAUGCAUUAGAGCCUGCCUCGUCCAUCCCUAAAGUUGAAACUCAUCACAAGGUAUAUUUUGGGGAUAAAUGGCGUGAAACUCCUUUAUUCAAGCUUGAGGGUCUGGCACAUGGCCAUGUUAUUCAGGGACCAGCCAUUAUAAUGAACGGUAACAGCACUGUGAUAGUAGAACCCAAUUGUAAAUCGAUCAUCACCAAAUAUGGCAACAUCAGAAUAGAAAUUGAGUCAACUUUGGACACAUUGAAAGUGGAGGGAAAGGUGGCUGAUGUUGUCCAACUGUCAAUCUUCAACAACAGGUUUAUGGGGAUUGCUGAACAGAUGGGCCGCACACUGCAGAGAACAUCCAUAUCCACGAAUAUCAAGGAAAGGCUUGAUUUCUCAUGUGCUCUCUUUGGGCCAGAUGGGGGCUUGGUAGCAAAUGCACCCCAUGUUCCUGUUCACUUGGGGGCAAUGUCUAGCACAAUCCGGUGGCAGUUGGAAUACUGGGGUGACAAUCUGUAUGAAGGAGAUGUUUUGGUCACCAAUCACCCUUCCUCUGGAGGAAGCCAUCUACCUGAUAUUACUGUCAUAACACCUGUUUUUAACAAAGGUGAAUUGAUAUUCUUUGUAGCAAGUAGAGGGCAUCAUGCGGAGAUUGGAGGUAUUACUCCUGGAAGUAUGCCACCCUUCUCAAAAUUCAUAUGGGAGGAAGGAGCUGCAAUAAAGGCCUUCAAGCUCGUAGAAAAGGGUGUUUUUCAGGAAGAAGGAAUCACACGCCUUCUUCGAUUCCCAACUUCUGACGGACCACUCCAUAAAAUUCCAGGAACCCGUAGGCUUCAAGAUAACUUAUCAGAUCUUCAUGCACAAGUUGCUGCGAAUCAGAGAGGGAUUGCCCUUAUAAAGGAACUUAUAGAUCAGUACGGCCUGAAGACUGUCCAAGCAUACAUGAAUCAUGUACAGGCAAAUGCAGAAGGAGCAGUCCGAGAGAUGCUCAAAUCUGUUGCUGCUGACAUGUCAGUGUCCACUAGGGAAGGUGGAGGUUUAGUCACUAUUGAAGAGGAAGAUUACAUGGAUGAUGGAUCAACCAUACACUUAAAACUCACUAUUGAUCCUGAAAAAGGAGAAGCUCUCUUCGAUUUUUCAGGGACCACUCCUGAAGUUUAUGGUAACUGGAAUGCUCCAGAAGCUGUAACUGCUGCAGCCGUCAUUUAUUGUGUAAGAUGUUUGGUGAAUGUUGACAUCCCUCUAAACCAAGGAUGCUUGGCUCCUGUGAAGAUAUAUAUACCUCCAGGUUCAUUUCUCUCACCCAGUGAUGGAUCUGCUGUUGUGGGUGGUAAUGUCCUCACGUCUCAAAGAAUAACUGAUGUCAUCCUCACUGCAUUUCAAGCUUGUGCCUGUUCACAGGGCUGCAUGAACAAUUUGACAUUUGGGGAUGAGAGUUUUGGAUAUUAUGAAACCAUUGGCGGUGGAAGCGGUGCUGGGCCCACGUGGGAAGGUACCAGCGGUGUGCAGUGUCAUAUGACCAACACCCGUAUGACAGAUCCUGAAAUUUUUGAACAGAGGUACCCUGUUGUAUUGCACAGAUUUGGGAUCAGAGAGGAUAGUGGAGGCAUUGGACUACACAGAGGGGGUGAUGGGCUUAUCAGAGAAAUUGAAUUCAAAAGGCCCGUUGUUGUGAGUAUCCUUUCGGAAAGGCGUGUGCACAGUCCAAAGGGAUUGAGGGGAGGCCAAAAUGGGGCUCGGGGAUCCAAUUACCUCAUUACAAAGGAUAAUCGUACUGUGUAUCUUGGCGGGAAAAGCAUGUUUGAAGUUCAACCUGGACAAAUUCUUCGCGUUUUGACCCCAGGAGGUGGUGGCUGGGGUUCAAUUUAAUGGUCUACCGAGUGAGUGUUAUGGAAAACCCAUUUAAUUCGCUUUUGCAAUAAGAGAGGAUAGGGAGUGUUAAAUAAUGUGGAUAUAAUAAAAAAUAUGACCUUGUACCCUUUCCCCAUGACAUUUUUUUUACUGGACCGACUGAUUUAAUUCCAAAAAUUUGCAUGUUGCAGGAACUUGUGGUGAACAGACGGUUUGACAGUUCAGGCGGCUGUUGUUCUGGUAGUGGCUUAGUCCAGAAUGACAUUUGUAUAGUGUAUGAUAAAAAUGUUACUAGGGUCGUAUUGUUACUUUUGGUUGUAGUGAAGUGGAUGGAUGUUAUUUUUUCUCUUCAAAUUAAUGUAUGUGUUGUACUUUACACAUCUUUUUCAAUUUGUAUGAAUGUUUGAUGUAUGCAUAUUUUUGUACGUAGUAUAUAUCUUUAGUCAAAAUACAUAUGGUUUUAUUGAAAGUUUAAAACUGGCCAAAUUGGUUAAACUAUCAAUUCAACCUGUGAAUUUGUACCUUGAUUUAUUUUCGUGGAAACAUCAAAUUGUAUCAUACACGUCUAGUUUGAUCCGAUUGGGUGUAGCUAGAUUUGGGAACUUUGUUAGGUGCAGCGCUUUGGUUGUUUAGCGUUGCCUAUUUGGUCGUGUUUGAUCAAUUUUAUUAGAAUCAAGAACUUCAUCGAGAAUUGAUAUAAUGCUAUACUAUCUUUGGCCCUUGAACAAUGUGAGUUCCAUCCUCCAUGACUAGGAUCAUGCGAUUAAUUAGUUCAUUGUAUCAUACUUCUGCAUGCAAAGUGCUGAUUGUGUUAACAUGCUCAAAAUCUUGAGAUCUUCCAACUUGAGGUUAGUGGAUUGUAAGGACUAAAUGUAGCUUCCCAAGCUGAGUCUGACAGGAUAUUUGUAUUAUCAGUCUGCUAACACAACAUGUGCAAUGGUGGACGAGUUGAGCCUUUUCAACUGCAAAUUGCCACUUCCUAAUGGACAUUCUGAACCAAUCCUUUCUCCAAGUUUGGUUCACUUCACUCUUAUGUAUUUUUCUUAUCUCCCAUUACAAGGUCAUAAGGCAACCCAACCGGCCUCCAUUGUUUCGUUUAACCCAUGUCACAUGCUUCACUGAAAUUUCCAAGUAUUUGAAAGCAACAAGUUCUCCUAUCUGCCCGUUAACAAUGCUUGUUGUCUAUAAGCAGUGCCCAGACAUAAUUGACCUCUAUCGGUUUAAUCUGAAGCCGAGAACCUACUAGUGAAGUCACAACAGGAGAAGAAUCAAAACACAUACCCACAUCAGGUGUAGAGCUAGUGGUAAUCUGGUAAUGCAAGGAUGAAUUAUUAUCCACUGAAAUUUUUUGAACAACUCUCUCAAAGUUGAUAUGUAUUGGAGCAGGCAGGUUCUUUAUGAGAUGCCGCAUGAUUUCUACCCCCUAAUUGUUUAGUGAUCUCAAACCACUACUCCCAUGGUGUAGGCAGGAGAAAAAGUUGUGGUAAAUUUUCCGGAUAAAUAUUUACACGU